AUGGCCUUUGUCCCUGCACCCGGCUACCAGCCCACCUACAACCCGACUCUGCCCUACAACAAGCCCAUCCCUGGAGGUCUCAGCAUGGGGAUGUCCGUUUACAUCCAAGGAGUGGCUAGCGAGCAUAUGAAAAGGUUCUUCGUGAACUUCGUGGUGGGACAGGGCCCCGGGGCCGACAUCGCCUUCCACUUCAACCCCCGGUUCGACGGCUGGGACAAGGUGGUCUUCAACACGCAGCAGGGCGGCAAGUGGGGCAGCGAGGAGAAGAAGAGGAGCAUGCCCUUCCGCAAGGGCACCCCCUUCGAGCUGGUGUUCAUGAUCCUGCCCGAGCACUACAAGGUGGUGGUAAACGGAAGUCCAUUCUAUGAGUUUGGGCACCGGAUCCCCGUGCAGAUGGUCACUCACCUGCAAGUGGAUGGGGACCUGGAGCUUCAAUCAAUCAAUUUCAUCGGAGGCCAGCCGGCCCCAAGCCAGACCCCCAUGGUUACUCCAGCAUAUCCAGGUCCUGGAUACAAGCCUCCGCCAACUAACCUGCCUACCAUGGAGGGACCCCCAACCUUCAACCCGCCUGUGCCAUUUAUGGGAAGACUGCAAGGGGGGCUUACAGCCCGAAAAACCAUCAUAGUCAAGGGCUACGUGCCUCCCACAGGCAAGAGCUUUGCCAUCAACUUCAAGGUGGGGUCCUCCGGGGACCUGGCUCUCCACAUUAACCCCCGUCUGAUGGAGGACACCGUGGUUCGGAACAGCUAUCUGAAUGGCUCAUGGGGAUCUGAGGAGAAGAAGAUCUCCUACAACCCAUUUGUUCGAGGCCAGUUCUUUGAUCUGUCCAUUCGCUGUGGCAUCGAUCGCUUCAAGGUUUACGGCAAUGGCCAGCACCUCUUCGACUUCUCCCAUCGCCUUUCAGCCUUCCAGAGGGUGGACACUCUGGAGAUUGAGGGUGAUGUUACCUUGUCCUAUGUCCAGAUCUAA